AUGUCGCGUGUGGGCCCUAAUCAGGUUUCGAGCCAGCCGGGCCCCUUGCUGGUGGAAAAUGCAGCAUCUAAGUGCAUUAAUGAGACGGCCCCUUUCAUCUGCCAAGGUGAGCGGCGGGAAUAUACCUAUGAACCCCCUGCCAAGAAGAGGAGGACGGCGGAUCGACCUGGGACAGGCCUGUUGGGUGACCCGACCAUGAUCAUCUACGAGACCCUGGAAGAGGAGGCCAGGGGACUUCUGAAGAACUUGUACGAGAAGCUGUGCAAGUUUCUGCCCGAGGGCAACAUGUGGGACGGACUGAAAUACCUCAAGGACCGCCUCACUACCUUGAAAGAAAGCUCUUCCUUGGACCCCAUCUGCAUGGGCAAGACCUCCCUGCUCAAUGCCAUUAUCGAGCAUCAGCUCUUCCUGCCGACGUCGGGGUACCAAGCCUGCACCUCCUGCAUGGUGCAAGUCAGCAGCGGCCGGGGCCAAAACUAUGAGGCGAAGAUUCACCUUCUUUCAGAAGAGGAGUGGCAGGAGGAGCUGAAGAAUCUGGUGGAGGUUGUAGGCAAUCCCGAUGAGAAGGACAGCGAUGUCGAUGAAGCUGGCCAAAAGCUCCGAGCCCUCUAUGGGAAAAAUGCAGAGACCAGGCCUUAUGAAGAGCUGUUGAGGGCAAAGCCACUGAUACCGAUCCCUCCCUCGCGGUGUGUGGUCCUCAAGGAUGAACAGGCGGAAAAACUCUGUGCAAAACUGGACCCUUAUGUCCGGUCUCAAAGAGACGAGGAGGAGCCAGGCCCGGAUGCGGAGAAAGCCCUGGAGCGCCUCUGGCCGCUGGUCAAGUACGUGGAAGUGAAGAUCCCGAAGUCGGACGUGAUUCCAGAAGGCGUCGUGUUUGUGGAUAUUCCCGGGACGGGCGAUUACAACAGCAAACGGGACGACAUGUGGAAAGAGAGCAUCAAAAAAUGUUCAGUCAUCUGGGUGAUCAGCGACAUCAAACGGAUUCUGGGGGAGAAAGGCCAUGAACAGCUGCUGGCAGAGGGCAUCAAAGCGUACCAAGGCGGGAUGUGCCGGGACCUGGCCCUGGUGGUCACCCAGUCGGAUAACCUGAAUCUGGGGGAAUACAAGAGGGAAAGGAAAGUGAAAAAUAAAUCCAUAAGAAAUAAACACGACGCCAUUAUAGAGAGGAACACAACGGUGAAACUGGAGAAGGGCAGCCAAAUGAAGGUCAAGCUCCAGAAAACUCUGGAAAGUGAUCUGGAGCUCCUGCAGAACCCUGAUCUAGUUUACACCGUCAGCGCCGAAGAAUACUGGGAAGGGAAGUAUCUCACAAAGGAGGAGACAGAGAUCCCCAAGCUGAGAGCGCGCGUCAGGACUGUCUACCACAAGGAGAAGAAGAAACAGCUGGAGGGUUAUAUGUCUGAGGUUCACAGUGCUGUCCUGCUGGCCCAGAACAACUUUACCAAAGAGGCGAUGGAUCUCUACCAGCAGAGAGAGCUGGAAAGCUUCAUGGAGGGCAAGAUCGAGGCUCUGGAGAAGGAGAUUGAGAAGUGUUUUGCCCAGCUGGAGCAGCUCCUUCACAGAGGCCUGGAGGAAGCAAAGUUCUGUCAUGCUGAAGUGCUCCCGCAGCUCAUUUCGCCCUUCAGGGACACGUUGCUAUGGUUUCCAAGAUGGUUCCUCUGGAAAGGCCUCUCUGCACUGGCCUGGACGACCUGCCUUUACUGCUCUGCUCAUCCCACAGGGCUGCUUCCAGAGGGAGGGUGCAGUAGGUCUGCAGGGCCGUGUCACAGGGCGGCUCCCAGCACGCAGGGGCCUACAGUUCUACAAAUUGUCAGUCGUAUCCCCCGUACUCACUGCGCUGCGACUGUGUUUCCAAUUGUCCAGCGCAACACCAACCGGAACAGCAACCAAGGUUUCCACAGGACCCUGAAAGCCUUGUGCCAGAAGAACGGGGUGUACAUGUCCCCCACCUUCGGCUACCUGGACCUCAACACCGCCCUGGCUCAGCCCAUCUAUGAUGCAAUCGACCCCGUGUUUGCAGAAAUAUUCAGGAGAGACGACCCCUGCCCUGUACAGGCUGCAGGGACACCGAGCUCCCAGCGCGCCUCGCUGAGGCCGUGCCUGGACAAGUUCAGAACCUCGGUCCAGGCGAAGAUCCGAGACGUCGGGCAGACGAGGGCUGUGACCAGUGACACCUGGAAGAUCAAGUUCUUAAUUCAGGAGACUAACAUCAUCUUGAGCCUGCUGGAAAGGAAGAUCCUUCAGAGGAAGAUAGAUAUCUACUCCUCCCUGGUGCAGUCCAUCCAAAGUCACUUACGCCCUCACUACGAAGUUGCAGCUCAGCUCAAGGGCCCGGGAUCCUUCCAGCGGAUGAAGAAAAUCCUCCAGGAAAACAUAGAGAGGGAGACGAAGGACAGGAUGUUUGAUAACGAAAUAGAGAAGAUGAACAAGCAGCUCCAGGAUCUGAAGGACAAGAUCAAGAUGCAGCUGCAGAAGGCCAUCUCCAUGAUGUUCAAAGUCGCCCCGUUCCACUGGGAAGAACUCACCGAGGAGCUGCCAG